AUCCGCUCGACCGACACAAAAUUAACCCCGUCAAAUUCAAAUUUAAUUUAAUUUAAUUUUCCAACGAGUAACGAAUUUGAUUUUAUUCUCAUGUAAAAUAAAUUUACUGCUGUGAAAAACUGUACAUAAUAAAUCUAAACUUUACCUUGGCUACUCCCAAGCUAUAUAUUCAUCGUAGAUUGACCAGAUUUGAGAUGAGUUUUCGUACAUUUUUUCAUUAAUUCAGUGAUCUCAAAGCUUCUCAGAUAUUGAUUGGAUCCGGGAGAGAGAGAUAAGAGGAGCUUGUGAAGAUGAGUGAGGGCCAGCGAUUUCAGCUGGGAACCGUUGGUGCCUUGGGUCUGUCUGUGGUUUCGUCGGUGUCCAUUGUGAUUUGCAACAAGGCGCUCAUUAGCACUCUUGGCUUCACUUUCGCUACGACCUUAACGAGUUGGCAUCUUCUUGUCACAUUUUGUUCUCUUCAUGUUGUCCGAUGGAUGAAAUUGUUCGAGCACAAGCCAUUUGAUCCAAGAGCUGUCAUGGGAUUUGGCAUCCUGAAUGGGACAUCUAUUGGACUUCUUAAUCUUAGCCUGGGUUUCAAUUCUGUUGGUUUUUAUCAGAUGACAAAACUGGCCAUAAUCCCUUGCACGGUUCUUUUAGAGACUAUUUUCUUCAGGAAAAUAUUCAGUAGGAAUGUCCAGCUUUCACUUACUAUUCUUCUCGUGGGGGUUGGAAUCGCAACAGUGACUGAUCUGCAGCUAAAUUUUCUGGGUUCCAUCUUGUCUCUGUUUGCGGUUCUUACAACUUGCAUUGCACAAAUUAUGACAAAUACUAUUCAGAAAAAGUUCAAGGUUUCGUCAACCCAACUCCUGUAUCAAUCUUGUCCAUAUCAAGCAAUCACUCUAUUCAUUACUGGACCAUUUCUGGAUGGGUUUCUGACGAAUCAGAAUGUAUUUGCUUUCAAUUAUACCCCUCAAGUGCUGGCAUUUAUUGUCCUUUCCUGCCUAAUAUCAGUUUCCGUGAACUUCAGUACCUUCCUGGUAAUUGGGAAAACAUCACCAGUCACUUAUCAAGUCCUAGGACAUCUAAAAACAUGCCUUGUUUUGGCCUUUGGCUAUGUUCUCCUACACGACCCCUUUAGCUGGCGAAACCUUCUAGGGAUCUUGGUUGCAAUUGUUGGGAUGGUACUUUAUUCUUAUUAUUGCACAGUUGAAAGCCAGCAAAAGGCUGCUGAUGAAGCAGCAGCACAAUUGUCUCAGGCCAAGGAAAGUGAAUCCGAUCCUCUGAUUAAUAUUGAAAGUGAAGGAGGCAUUUUAACCGAAGGUGCUCCAAGAGGCACUGGAUGGAAUUCAGCCAAGGACCUGCAAGCAUAACAUUUCCUCUGUCUGAGUUCAUAACACAAUUCAAAAUAUAUGGGCGAAGCUUUUCCAGCAAUGAAGAUUUCGCUGCACGGAUUUCCAUGCUUGGCAGAUCAAGAGUUUAUGCAUAUGAAAGGAUUAAACUUCUAUUUGUUAGUAUCGGAUCUUAAAAUUGUCCUUUGAUGGAGCAGUUUUGUAUAAACUAGGCUUCCCAAUAGAAUUGAUAAUUUCACUGGUAUUGUUUUUCCAUAUCCAUAUCCGUAUCUUAGAAAAGAAUCCUUGAUAUUUUCUUUGAUAAAUUUUCCCUUAUGAAACAAAUGAAGAAGUUGCAGCUUUGAGUAUGAAAUACAGGUUAAUGAAAUUCAAUUAA